AUGGCCGUCCGCACACAAACGCAAACGCUAUUCGGUCGAAUCUCCGACUGGGGCGUGCAGACCGAGGCACCCAGAACAACAAAAGUACCGACAUUCUGGGAUGGGCUAAGCGCGGACGAGAAGAAGGCAUCGGUCGACCAGCAACGCUCAUGGGCCUUCAACGGCCAAUAUGCCUGGAGUCCCGCGAAUAAAGUGUGCGAGACGUGGAACACGGUCGUCUACCCCAACAUCCUCAAGCCUCUUCUGAAAGACAACGGCAAAAAGAUCUACCACAAGAUCAAAAAACAGAGUCCCUACUCCGUCACCUGUUGGAUGAUCGGCCGCGAAUGGCAUUCUAGUCAUCCUGCUGCGGUUGUCAUCUGUGCGAACGCGAAAGUCACGAAACAGGCUGUUAAGCUUGUUGAAAAGCAUGGUGGGCUGUUCAACUGGGGGUUUCGGGUUUAUGGCUUUGAGAGCAAAAUUGCCUUGAACAUGGGUUCGCCUUAUGACGCCUUAGGGGUGGAACUGAAAGAUACAAUAAAUCUCUGUGGGCAACAAUUCCAAGUUGGGAGUGCCGAGGGUAAACGUUUGUCGAGAGUGGCCACCAUGGGAGGCACAGUUAUUGUUGGAGGGGAAAUAUACGGUCUCACAGUGGUCCACCCAUUCCUCAAAACCUACGACGAAGGUGAUUCUUCAAAUGAAGAGGAGUCCAACAACGACGACGACAGUGUGGGAAGCGAUUUCGCAAGCAAUCAUUCAGAUGCAGGAAAUCCUGAGACGAUGAUCGAAGCAGACACGGCUUAUUACCCUUCGGAUUCUAAAGAGCUGGGAUCGAUUCCUCGUGAGCGAUCUUUCUAUUCCCUGGAAUCUGACUGGGCUCUUGUUCGCUUGAACAACCUCGACAAAAGCAAGCUUCUCCUCAACUCCCUUAUUUUAAAGGAUACUGUUGCUUUCCCUAGUAAAGCUUCGUCUGGUCAUUCGGACAGGCCUCUAUGGGCAGCUGUUGGCACUGGACCACCUGUUGAAACGACUGCCUCUGACACAAAAUGCGGAUUGUACGUGCCAACAUUUGGGUUCCAAGACGUCUGGGCCUUGAAGAUGGCGCCAGGUUAG